GGCCACCGCGGUGGUGGCACAGAUCAGGCAGUUGGGCCAGGGCCUUCCCCACCUCCCAGGUUGUCCAUGGAUUUUGUUGCUGGAGCCAUUGGAGGUGUCUGUGGUGUUGCUGUGGGCUACCCCCUGGACACAGUGAAGGUCCUGCUGACCUUGCCCUAGACCUGGAACCACCCCUUCCUGAAGCCCACAUCUCCCCCAGGUCAGGAUCCAGACAGAGCCAAAGUACACAGGCAUCUGGCACUGCAUCCGGGACAUAUAUCGCCAAGAGCGGGCAAGUGCCCCUUGAGGAAGUGAUGGACAGUGUGGGCUGGUUACUUCAGGGCUCAGGACCUUGUCCAGAGGAAGGCCUGGGGGCACUUACCAAAACGAACUUGGGGCUUGGUGCAACCAGGGUUAACUCAUGAAGAAACAGCAGUGACAGAAUGGCUUCUUAUGUCCUCACCAUCAACUGGCGACCCUGGGUCCAGCCCUGGCCUCUCUUUAAUCCCUCACCACAGCCUCUCAAAUUGAGCACUCGAGACCCUCAUUUUAAGGUGCGGGGCUUCUACCGGGGCCUCUCGCUGCCUGUGUGCACGGUGUCCCUGGUCUCCUCUGUGUCUUUUGGCACCUACCACCACUGCCUGGCGCACAUCUGCAAGUUCCGCUACGGCAGCGCGGAAGCCAAGCCUACCAAGGCGGACGUCACGCUCUCGGGAUGCGCCUCGGGCCUCGUCCGUGUGUUCCUGACAUCGCCCACUGAGGUGGCCAAGGUCCGCCUGCAGACGCAGACGCAGGAGCAGCAGCGGCGGCCCUCAGCCUCGGGGCCCUCAGCCUCUUCUCCUGUGUGCCCAGUGCCUGGACCCAAGUACCGAGGGCCACUGCACUGUCUGACCACGGUGGCCCGUGAGGAGGGGCUUCAGGGCCUCUACAAGGGCAGCUCGGCGCUGCUUCUCCGGGAAGGCCACUCCUUCGCCACCUACUUCCUCUCCUAUGCCGUCCUCUGUGAGUGGCUCACCCCUGCGGGCCACAGCCAGCCAGAUGUCCUGGGUGUGCUGGUGGCUGGAGGCUGUGCAGGAGUCCUGGCCUGGGCUGUGGCCACCCCCAUGGACGUGAUCAAGUCACGCCUGCAGGCAGAUGGGCAGGGCCACCGGCGAUACCGGGGUCUCCUGCACUGUGUGGUGACCAGUGUGCGGGAGGAGGGGCUGAGGGUGCUCUUCAGGGGCCUGGCCGUCAACUGCUGCCGGGCCUUCCCGGUCAACAUGGCGGUCUUUGUCACCUAUGAGGCCGUGCUGAGGCUCACCAGAGGCCUGCUCACAUAGCCGCCCAGCAGCUGCCAGACGCUGUGAUAGCUGGAGGAGGCAAAGGGAGUAGUAGGGGGUGGGACCCCAUGAGGCUGUCACCCAGGACAGCUGGGGGCCAAUCUGCAGUAAUUGGGCCAAGGCCUGAGCUUGGCUGCCUGCUGCCCAGCACAAGAUCGGGUCGAGGGGCUGGUGAGCCCGAGAAGAGCAGCCCCUUGGGCGAGGGCCUGGGUCACAUGGGUCAUCUGCCUUUUGGUCAGUGGUUCUCCUUCUCCUGUUGCCUCUGCCACCACUCAGCUCCUCAGAACAGCCCCGCAUGGCCACCCUCUGCCCUCUCCCACCAGCUCCCCUGGUCCCCACGGCUGUCCCCUCUGAGGCAGCUUCACUGGCACCCCUGCCACAGGCAGUGAGGCCCGGCUGUCUGAUCUCAAGCCUGGCUCCUUCCCUGCCCCAGGCUGCCCAGGCGGGCAUGGCCAGGACAAUGCACCCACCUGGGGUUUGACUGGCCGGGGCGUAAGGCUGCCAUCCUUGCCCAGCUGGGGAGCUGGGCGUGGGGUGUAGUCAUCACCUCUGCCAUGGACACUGUGCACCACGGGAGGACCCAAAGACUCACCCGGAGCUGCUGUCAAUAAAGCAUUCCUGAGCUGCC